GUGUGUGUGUGUGUGUGUGUGUGUGUGUGUGUGUGUGUGUGUGUGUGUGGAGGAACUUAGGUGACGCGGUAACCUUUUGUUCCUCUGAUACACAGCUAGAAAUAUUAUAAAACAUAUAAACUGACAAAGGUUUAUUAUUUCCGGAAUGUUGAACAGUUCCUCCUCUGAGAGCCAGGAUGCAAGACGAGAAUGAAUUAGAGCAAAACUCAGGGAACUGGUCCUGGUGGCCAUCUUGGCAGCCGACAUCUAUGUCCUUGCUGAAGAGUGCAGAAGCUAAAAUUCUUUCCUGUGUUAAGAAUGAAUUGUGGUCACGAUUUGUCACAUUGCCGAAUCAGAACAGAAUAUGGACUCUGAUAGUGAGCAACAAAAAAGCACGCAAACCUUCAGACCAAGCUUCUCAGAUCCCCCUCGUGAUGGUUCACGGCUUUGGAGGUGGCGUCGGCCUCUGGAUCCGAAACCUGGACGCAUUAUGUCGCUCGCGGCCCGUCUACGCCUUCGACCUGCUCGGUUUCGGGCGCAGCUCCCGGCCCACCUUUCCCGACGACGCUACGUUAGCCGAGGAGCAGUUUGUCGACUCUAUAGAACAGUGGAGGGAGAGCCUAGGGUUGGAGCGCAUGAUCUUAUUGGGCCACAGCCUAGGAGGUUACCUAGCAACGUCAUAUUCCAUUCAGUAUCCUGAGAGAGUCAGCCACCUGAUUUUAGUGGAUCCCUGGGGUUUCCCAGAGAAACCACCGCCUCAGCAAGACGGCUCAUCGGGUCCGGUUUCAGAGAUCAAGAGACCAGGACCACCUCGCUGGGUGAAAGCAGUGGCAUCUGUCUUGAGUUUUUUUAACCCUCUGGCCAUCAUCAGAUUUGCAGGACCUUUGGGUCCAGGACUGGUGACCAGAUUCCGACCUGAUUUCAGGAGGAAGUUUGAGGAUCUUUUUGAUGAUAACACUGUUACUGAGUAUCUGUAUCACUGUAAUGCACAAACUCCCAGUGGUGAGGUGGGAUUCAGAGCCAUGUGCGGGUCUCUUGGCUGGGCAAAGAGGCCAAUGAUCCAACGAGUGAACCUGCUGCCAUCCUCAAUGCCCGUCACCAUGGUGUAUGGCGCAUACUCCUGGGUGGACAGUUCCACCGGCAACUACGUCGCCCAGAUCAGAGGCCAAAGCGUCACACAGGUGGUGUUAAUUGAUGAUGCCUCUCAUCACGUGUACGCAGACCAACCUGAGCAGUUCAACCAAGUCGUGGAGAACAUCUGCAGCACUGCUGUGUAAAUGUUACCACAAUGUAAUGAAUGGAAAGUUUGUGUGUGUGUGUGUGUGUGUGUGUGUGUGUGUGUGUGUGUGUGUGUGUGUGUGUGUGUGUUCAGAUGAGGUUCUAUAAUCUUCAGACUUUAUAAGCUUCAUGUUCAGGAGGCCUUGAUGUCUACUUACAGAAUACUUUUUUACAUCUUCUUUCUCUCUCUCUCUCUCUCUCUCUCUCUCUCUCUCUCUCUCUCUCUCUCUCUCUCUCUCUCUCUCUCUCUCUCUCUCUCUCUCCUCUCCUCUCCCUCUCCGUUCAGUUGACCGCACAACGUUUCUGUAGACUGAUGGUUAUGAAGGUUCAAUUAGUGCUGCUUUGUCCUAAUUAAUUUUUAACAGCGUUUAUCUUGCCAUUGCAAAUCUGGAUGUUGGCAAACACGUUAACAACGAUGCAAACAUCCCACACCGGAAUGCAACCGCAUAAAGUAACAUACUUGCGUAUACUUGUUUUAUGAAUUUUUUCAAUUAUUACUGACACAUUCAUUCUUUCUGCUAAAUUCAAUGGUUUGCCAAUCAGAAACCCAGCAGCUGCAUGUAGUAGGUGUUCGGUUUUUAGCCCCGCCCAUUACUCUUUUGAGCUCCCCAAUUAGCUUGUUGCAAAAUGUUGCAGUACUAAAAAGUGUGGGUUCAACUUUUAUGAGUAGCCAUGUGUUCCGAUACAACAGUGGAUAAAAUUCAUUCUAGCUACACAAUCCCUGAUUUUGGAUCUGAAUAGUUCCAUCUUGUAUUACAUUACAAUCCCAGGUGCAAUUUUACUACCCUGAUUUGUGAUUCAACUAACCGGAUACUAAAAGUAGUUCUAACUCUAUUAUACUGAUUGUGCCAUGUUUACAUUCUUCUCAUUUAUAGCAUUCAUGUAUUAUUACUCAAUAAUACAUUUCAAUUUUUUUUUUGUUCAAGUUCUGCUAAGGUUGCAGGUCAUAAAAUGUUAGACAAUGAAAUAUUGAUUGUAUUUUAUAACAUUGGAAUUUGGGAAUAAUUGUAUGCUUUCUGCUGUCUGGUUUGUGUUUUAGUUGUAGUACCCUGAUUCACCAGAAGAUGUCUACAAGUAGUUUAAUGCCAUUUGUAUUUAAAAGCACUAUUUUCUUGCCACUGUAUUUAUGUAUUAUGAAAAAAAAUCCAUAAUUUGUCUCUGGUCAAUCUAA